GGGUGCCGCCGCCGCCGCCAGUGGAGUUGCCUCCCUGCUUCCCUAGGGUGGUUAGGCUCCACCAAACAUGUCGGCUCCUGUCGGGCCGCGGGGCCGCCCGGCUCCCACCCCGGCGGCCUCUCAGCCGCCCCUGCAGCCCGAGAUGCCCGACCUCAGCCACCUCACGGAGGAGGAGAGGAAAAUCAUCCUGGCCGUCAUGGAUCGGCAGAAGAAAGAAGAGGAGAAGGAGCAGUCGGUGCUCAAAAAACUUCAUCAGCAGUUUGAAAUGUACAAGGAGCAGGUGAAGAAGAUGGGAGAAGAAUCACAACAGCAGCAAGAACAGAAGGGUGACGCCCCAACCUGUGGUAUCUGCCACAAAACUAAAUUUGCUGAUGGAUGUGGCCAUAACUGUUCGUAUUGCCACAAGUUCUGUGCUCGUUGUGGAGGUCGAGUGUCAUUACGUUCAAACAAGGAGGACAAAGUGGUUAUGUGGGUAUGUAAUUUGUGCCGAAAACAACAAGAAAUCCUCACUAAAUCAGGAGCAUGGUUUUAUAACAGUGGAUCUAACACACCACAGCAACCUGAUCAAAAGGUUCUCCGAGGACUGCGGAACGAGGAGGCGCCUCAGGAGAAGAAGGCAAAACUGCAUGAGCAGGCCCAGUUCCAAGGACCCUCAGGUGACUUAUCUGUACCUGCAGUGGAGAAAAGUCGAUCUCAUGGGCUCACAAGACAGGAUUCUAUUAAAAAUGGGUCAGGAGUGAAGCACCAAAUUGCCAGUGACAUAGCUUCAGACAGGACACGAAGUCCCUCAGUAUCCAGAGAUCAGAAUAGAAGAUACGACCAAAGAGAAGAAAGAGAAGAAUAUUCACAAUAUGCUACUUCAGACAACGCCAUGCCUAGAUCUCCAUCAGAUUAUGCUGAUAGGAGGUCUCAGCGUGAACCUCAGUUUUACGAAGAGUCUGACCAUAUAAAUUACAGGGACUCCAACAGGAGAAGUCAUAGGCAUUCCAAAGAAUAUAUCGUAGAUGAUGAGGAUGUGGAGAGCAGAGAUGAAUAUGAAAGGCAAAGGAGAGAGGAGGAGUACCAGGCGCGCUAUCGAAGCGAUCCGAAUUUGGCCCGGUAUCCAGUAAAGCCACAGCCCUACGAAGAACAAAUGCGUAUUCAUGCUGAAGUGUCCCGAGCGAGGCAUGAGAGAAGGCAUAGUGAUGUCUCUUUGGCAAAUGCUGAACUGGAAGAUUCUAGGAUUUCUAUGCUGAGGAUGGAAAGACCAUCAAGGCAGAGAUCUAUAUCUGAACGUAGAGCUGCCAUGGAAAAUCAGCGAUCUUACUCAAUGGAAAGAACUCGAGAGGCUCAGGGACCAAGUUCUUAUCCACAAAGGACCACAAACCAUAGUCCUCCCACCCCGCGGAGGAGUCCAAUACCAAUUGAUAGACCAGACAUGAGACGUACUGACUCACUACGGAAACAGCACCACUUAGAUCCUAGCUCUGCUGUGAGGAAAACAAAACGGGAAAAGAUGGAAACAAUGUUAAGGAACGAUUCUCUCAGUUCCGACCAGUCGGAGUCCGUGAGACCUCCACCACCAAAGCCUCAUAAAUCAAAGAAAGGAGGUAAAAUGCGCCAGGUUUCAUUGAGCAGUUCAGAGGAGGAAUUAGCUUCCACGCCUGAAUACACCAGUUGUGAUGAUGUGGAGAUUGAAAGUGAGAGUGUAAGUGAGAAAGGAGACAUGGAUUACAACUGGUUGGACCAUACGUCUUGGCAUAGCAGUGAGGCAUCCCCAAUGUCUUUGCACCCUGUGACGUGGCAGCCAUCUAAAGAUGGAGAUCGUUUAAUUGGUCGUAUUUUGUUAAAUAAGCGUCUAAAAGAUGGAAGCGUACCUCGAGAUUCAGGAGCAAUGCUUGGCUUGAAGGUUGUAGGAGGAAAGAUGACUGAAUCAGGUCGGCUUUGUGCAUUUAUUACCAAAGUAAAAAAAGGAAGUUUAGCUGAUACUGUAGGACAUCUUAGACCAGGUGAUGAAGUAUUAGAAUGGAAUGGAAGGUUCUUGCAAGGAGCCACAUUUGAAGAAGUAUAUAACAUCAUUCUGGAGUCCAAACCUGAACCACAAGUGGAGCUUGUUGUUUCAAGACCUAUUGGAGAUAUCCCUAGAAUACCUGAUACCACACAUGCGCAACUGGAGUCUAGUUCCAGCUCAUUCGAAUCUCAAAAAAUGGAUCGCCCUUCUAUUUCCGUUACCUCUCCCAUGAGUCCCGGCAUGUUGAGGGAUGUUCCACAGUACUUGUCUGGACAACUUUCAAUAAAACUAUGGUUUGACAAGGUUGGUCACCAAUUAAUAGUUACAAUUUUGGGAGCAAAGGAUCUCCCUUCCAGGGAAGAUGGGAGGCCAAGGAAUCCUUAUGUUAAAAUUUACUUUCUUCCAGACAGAAGUGAUAAAAACAAGAGAAGAACUAAAACAGUAAAGAAAACAUUGGAACCCAAAUGGAACCAAACAUUCAUUUAUUCCCCAGUCCAUCGAAGAGAAUUUAGGGAACGGAUGCUAGAGAUCACGCUCUGGGAUCAAGCUCGAGUUCGAGAGGAAGAAAGUGAAUUCUUAGGAGAGAUUUUAAUUGAAUUAGAAACAGCAUUAUUAGAUGAUGAGCCACAUUGGUACAAACUCCAGACCCAUGAUGUUUCUUCAUUACCACUUCCCCACCCUUCUCCGUAUAUGCCACGACGACAACUCCAUGGAGAGAGCCCAACAAGGAGAUUGCAAAGGUCAAAAAGAAUAAGUGAUAGUGAAGUGUCUGACUAUGACUGUGAUGAUGGAAUUGGUAUAGUAUCAGAUUAUCGACACAAUGGUCGAGAUCUUCAAAGCUCAACAUUAUCAGUGCCAGAACAAGUAAUGUCAUCAAACCAUUGCUCACCAACAGGAUCUCCUCACCGAGUAGAUGUUAUAGGAAGGACUAGAUCAUGGUCACCUAGUGUCCCUCCUCCACAAAGUCGGAAUGUGGAACAGGGACUUCGAGGAACACGGUCUACUGCUGGACAUUAUAAUACAAUUAGCCGAAUGGAUAGACAUCGUGUGAUGGAUGACCAUUAUUCUCCAGAUAGAGACAGGGAUUGUGAAGCAGCAGAUAGACAGCCAUAUCACAGAUCCAGACCAACAGAACAACGGCCUCUCCUAGAGCGGACCACCGCCCGCUCCAGAUCCACUGAGCGUCCUGAUACAAACCUCAUGAGGUCGAUGCCUUCAUUAAUGACUGGAAGAUCUGCCCCUCCUUCACCUGCCUUAUCGAGGUCUCAUCCUCGUACUGGGUCUGUCCAAACAAGCCCGUCCAGUACUCCAGUAGCAGGACGAAGGGGCCGACAACUUCCUCAACUUCCACCAAAGGGAACACUGGAGAGAAAAGAAGUGGACUCCACAAGGAGAAGACAUACAGGUGCUAUGGAUAUAGACGAGAGAAAUCGCCAAAUGAAAAUUAACAAAUACAAACAGGUAGCCGGAUCAGACCCCAGACUGGAGCAAGAUUACCAUUCAAAGUACCGAUCAGGAUGGGAUCCUCAUAGAGGGGCAGAUAAUAUUUCCACUAAAUCUUCGGACAGUGAUGUAAGUGAUAUAUCCGCGGUUUCCAGGACUAGUAGUGCUUCUCGUUUCAGUAGCACAAGCUACAUGUCCGUCCAAUCAGAACGGCCAAGAGGAAACAAGAAAAUCAGUGUCUUUACAUCCAAAAUGCAAAGCAGACAAAUGGGCAUCUCAGGGAAGAACAUGACCAAAAGCACCAGCAUCAGCGGAGACAUGUGCUCGCUGGAGAAGAACGACGGCAGCCAGUCUGACACCGCAGUGGGUGCCCUGGGCACCGGCGGCAAAAAGCGGCGCUCUAGCAUUGGGGCCAAAAUGGUAGCUAUUGUUGGCCUCUCCAGGAAGAGUCGCAGUGCUUCUCAGCUCAGCCAAACGGAAGCCGGCGGUAAAAAGCUCCGGAGCACCGUCCAGCGAAGUACAGAGACGGGCCUGGCUGUGGAAAUGAGGAACUGGAUGACUCGGCAGGCGAGCCGAGAAUCUACGGACGGCAGCAUGAACAGCUAUAGCUCGGAAGGAAAUCUGAUCUUCCCUGGCGUCCGCUUGGCCUCCGAUAGCCAAUUCAGUGAUUUUCUGGAUGGCCUUGGCCCUGCCCAGCUAGUGGGGCGUCAGACUCUGGCUACACCUGCAAUGGGUGACAUUCAGGUAGGAAUGAUGGACAAAAAGGGACAAUUGGAGGUGGAAAUCAUUCGGGCUCGUGGCCUUGUUGUAAAACCAGGUUCCAAGACACUGCCAGCACCAUACGUAAAGGUGUAUCUGUUAGAUAAUGGAGUCUGCAUAGCCAAAAAGAAAACAAAGGUGGCAAGAAAAACGCUGGAACCCCUUUACCAGCAGCUAUUAUCUUUUGAAGAAAGUCCCCAAGGGAAGGUUUUACAGAUCAUUGUCUGGGGAGAUUAUGGCCGCAUGGAUCACAAAUCCUUUAUGGGAGUGGCCCAGAUACUUUUAGAUGAACUGGAGCUAUCCAAUAUGGUGAUUGGAUGGUUCAAACUUUUCCCUCCUUCCUCCCUAGUAGAUCCAACCUUGGCCCCUCUGACAAGAAGAGCUUCCCAAUCAUCUCUGGAAAGUUCAACCGGACCUUCUUACUCUCGUUCAUAGCAGCUGUAAAACUGUUGUCAUAGCAACCAGCGUUACAAAAAAAA